AACGACUCCAGGGCGAAGGUCUUUCAAAGUCUGUUCCACUUCAGAGAGGGCGUUCCAGCUCUAAGGAAUCCCCACGCAGCUCUCGUGAACAUGUUACAGAGCGUUCACCGUCUCGAUCGACAGCGUCUAUGGACGGCAUGGAACAUCCACCAUAUUCUCGUUCUUACAACGCGCCAGUUUUAACGAGACGAACAAGUUGGUCUCGACCAACACCACCUCCCGGCUCUAUGCCCCCGCCACCCGCCGCCACCCACAAAUCGACGAAGGCCGAGCCAUCACAUGCAGAGAAGUUGGAGGCUUGGGUUGAGCGGAUUAAACUCAUGUCAGAGGCUGUAUCUCUCCGCACCGAACACCUCGAGAUGGAGAAGGAGCUGCAGAGCUACCAGCGACUAGCGUCAUUAUGGCGGUUUUCAGAGGUUUCGCCUGACGAACGUGCGAAAUUCGAUUCCCAGAUUACUGCUCUGGAGCACAAAUGCGAAGCCAAGAAGAAGGAGCUCAAUGCCAUAGUUUUUCGGUUGGUAGAUACCGACUUCUGGCCUGUGGUCCCGAAUGCUGGAGACAAUGCGUCUCUUCAAAAGCAAGAGAUCCAGGCCAACAUACAGCAGCUCAGGAACAAUAUUCAAGAGCUAUAUGGUAUCCUACGUGCAGUGGAUUCAAAGAAUGCUGUCCCACCAUUACCCGUUAAACAAGAACCUGAAGAUGUGCACCCAGCGAAACGGCCCCGCCUGAUGCGGCCUCAGUCACCAGUGCCAUUUCCCCCCAUGCCAUCCUCUUCCAGUAUACCCUCCUCUUCCAGUACUCUCACCUCUGGUCUCAGCCAACUGGACCUCAAAGAGGUGGAAGCUGUUAAAGAACACCUUCUCAAGUUGGAGGAGAGGCUCUGUGACUUGGAGGACAACAUGGUUCACCAUGAUAAUGACCUAUUCAUGGAGAUGGAGGAUAAGAUCAACAUGAAGAUUGAAGAAUUGGAAACACCCAAUUUAAUACCCAACAGAUCUUCGAAAUCUGAUUCAGGGGUGGCUGGGCUGACCUCAUAUGCAUCAGAGAAACUUCAUACCCUGGAGCAUGGUCUUCAUAAGACAGAAGAAGAAGUUGGUGUGGUGAUAGAGGAGGUUGCAAAUAUCAUUUCAGGCAGCAAUGAAACCCAGGCUAACUUGGAUGCAUUGAGACAAGAGAAUGCACAGCUUAGAGAGCAGGUUCAACUGCUACAACAAAUGCAAGAGGAUAGCAAAAAGGCCAUUGAAAGAAAUCAGGCAGAACUGAAGUCAUUAAGUGCUGCAGUUUCUGCCUAUCUUUCAAGGUCUGCUGAAACUCCAAGUGCACCAUCACUACCAUCUAAAGAGGAGUUAAUGUUCUCAUCAUAUCCUAUCAUUCUUCAAGCCAUCCAAGAAGACCUUAAACCCACAAUUGCAGAAUUACAAAACCACAUUCAGAAUAUGCUCCAAGCACAUAGUGAAGAGCUCUCUACAACAGUUAUGUCAAAGUUAUCCAUGACCUUGAAGACUGUGGAGACAUUUUCUGCAUGGUUGGAGAAUGGCAAGCAGAAUGGAGUUAAUGGACAUACCAAACCUGAUAUACCACAUACUAUGCAGCAUAAACAACCUGCUGGCUAAGCAUGCAUGGUUGGAUCUUCUGGUUGUUGUAUUCCAUUGUGCAUUAUUGCUGUUCUUGCUGUUCUUGUUGUCAUGCAUUGGACUUGUUUUUCUCAAGAUACCAUAUCAUAUUCAAUUGUAGAGAUGCAUACACAAAUUUCAGUCUAAUCUUUGAAAUUGUGAUUUUUUCACUCUGUCACUUCUUAUAUUCACUUUGAGAUUUACAUAUUAAUAAUUUCAUCAGUUGUCCUCAUAGCACUAUGUAUUAAUCCUUAUUGAUGAUUGUCCUUAAAACCUGCAUAUACUCCAUUAAUCAUUGGGGGAUAGAAAGAUCUUUCAAUAGAACAAUGUACAUAAA